AUGAUAGAGGAUACAAUGACUUUGCUGUCUCUGCUGGGUCGCAUCAUGCGUUACUUCUUGCUGAGACCGGAGACUCUCUUCCUGCUCUGCAUCAGCCUGGCCCUGUGGAGUUACUUCUUCCACACCGACGAGGUGAAGACCAUCGUCAAGUCGAGCCGGGACGCCGUGAAGAUGGUCAAGGGCAAGGUGGCCGAGAUCAUGCAGAACGACCGGCUCGGGGGGCUCGACGUGCUCGAGGCCGAGUUCUCCAAGACCUGGGAGUUCAAGAGCCACAACGUGGCGGUCUACUCCAUCCAGGGCCGGAGGGACCACAUGGAGGACCGCUUCGAAGUGCUCACCGACCUGGUCAACAAGACCCACCCGUCCAUCUUCGGCAUCUUCGACGGGCACGGCGGCGAGUCGGCCGCCGAGUAUGUGAAGUCGCGGCUGCCCGAGGCCUUGAGGCAGCACCUCCAGGACUACGAGAAGGACAAGGAGAACAGCGCGCUCUCCUACCAGGCCAUCCUGGAGCAGCAGAUCCUGGCCAUCGACCGAGAGAUGCUGGACAAGCUCACCGUCUCCUACGACGAGGCAGGGACCACGUGUCUGAUCGCCCUCCUGUCGGACAAGGACCUCACCGUGGCCAACGUGGGAGACUCGAGGGGCGUCCUGUGCGACAAGGACGGGAACGCCAUUCCUCUGUCUCACGACCACAAGCCUUACCAGCUGAAGGAGAGGAAGAGGAUCAAGAGAGCCGGCGGCUUCAUCAGCUUCAACGGCUCGUGGCGGGUGCAGGGAAUCCUGGCCAUGUCGCGCUCCCUCGGGGACUACCCCCUGAAAAACCUGAACGUGGUCAUCCCGGACCCGGACAUCCUGACCUUCGACCUGGACAAACUGCAGCCCGAGUUCAUGAUCCUGGCGUCGGACGGCCUGUGGGACGCCUUCAGCAACGAGGAGGCCGUGCGCUUCAUCAAGGAGCGCUUGGACGAGCCCCACUUCGGGGCCAAGAGCAUCGUGCUGCAGUCUUUCUACCGGGGCUGCCCCGACAACAUCACCGUCAUGGUGGUCAAGUUCAGAAACAGCAGCAAAACGGACGAGCAGUGA